AUGACAUCUUUCAAAUCUUUCAUGGAGUCCAUGGAGUCUCUCUCUGCACUCAUGAAGGAUGUGGAUAUAGAGUUAGACCCAAAGGCGUUGUUCAAUGCAGUUAUACAAGUAUAUGAGAAAUUCAUGGAUCUCUUCAAAGAUGGAAGCCCUGAGGUAGCCGCUUUGAAAGCUCAGGAGGCACUGGAGUCAUUCGAAAAUACGGUGCUCAACAUUGCUGUUACAGGAGAGACGGGUGCUGGGAAAUCAUCCUUCAUCAAUGCCAUCCGGGGACUGGAGACUGAGGACAAAAGGGCUGCCCCAACGGGUGUGACAGAAAUGACAACAGAGCCAACUGCUUAUCCGCAUCCUACCUACCCUAACGUGACACUGUGGGAUUUACCGGGGAUCGGGGCAAUGAAUUUUCGGCCACAAAGGUACCUCCAUCAGGUGAAAUUCAGUCGCUAUGACUUCUUUAUUAUCGUCGCUUCAGAGCGGUUCCGUUCCAGCCACGCCGACCUGGCCCGGGAGAUCCAAAGAAUGGAGAAGAAGUUCUAUUUUGUGCGCUGCAAAGUGGAUGAUGAUUUGGCCAAUGAAAGAAGGGCUCAUCCCAAAAUGUACAGUCAGGACAGUGUCUUGCAGAAGAUCAGGGAGAAUGCUGAGAAACAUCUGAGACACCAAGGGGUGUCCAACCCACAGGUCUUUCUUCUCUCCAACUGGGAGUUCGACCAAUAUGAUUUUCACCAACUGGAGGAUACGCUGGAGAAGGACUUGCCCAGUCUACAGAGACUCGUGUUUCUGCUCAGUCUGCCCAACCUCUCCCCUGAAAUCAUAGAGAAGAAGAAAGCCGCCCUGAAGAAGCAUUUAUGGAAAAUUUCCCUGGUGUCAGCUUGUAUCAAUGCUGUUCCCAUUGAGAGAGUCUCUCUUGCGUGUGACACUGGAAUCCUGGUGGUCUCCAUGAUCACCUUCUACAAGCGAUUUGGCCUUGAUGAUGACUCCCUAGCUAAGCUGGCCAGGCAGGCUGCAAAGCCUGUCACAGAGCUCAAGGCUGUUAUCCUAUCACCGCAGGUGGAAGAACUCACCAGGGACUUUUUAAUGAAGAAAUGUGUCAAUGUUGGGUGCGGCAUUACCAGGUCAGUUGAAUGUCGCUUUAAGCUGGGACCAGUGAUUAGCACUGUAGUUGCAGUAGGGUUGGCUUUCAUUACCACAUAUUCCAUACUGUCAAGCUUCCUGGAUAAAGUUGCCGAAGAUGCAAAGAGAAUUCGCAAGAAAGCCCUGGAAUAAGAAGGGACAACUUCAAGAUAACCCCAACAUAAUCCACAGACCUGUCACUGUAGGGAAGGCAGAUAACCUGAGGGUGUCUAUUGUAUAGAUAAAGAGACAGAAGGUGGGAUUUUGCUUUUUUGUGUGUUUUAUAUGGUUAACAAAGAGGAAAAUCCUGACUCUGCUUUCUGGAGGGCUAUGUUGGGCUUCAUAUUUGAUCCAAAAUUAUUGUUGUAUACUGGAAAGUCAACAAAAUUGAAGUGAAACUGCUAGCUCUGACAACAUGUGAGACUUAACGGAAAGAGAGCCCAAACGAAGCAGACCCUGGACGAAAUCUGUGGAAUGGUUUGGCUUCUUAUGGUAUUGGUUGGCCUGUUCUCCUCAUUCUCCCAGCUGGGAGCUCAGUUAAGGCUACAUGUGAGUUGCUGAACUGCUUGAGCAAGAGGACAUGACUAACUCUGCCGUCACUCUUAUGGAGACAUGACCCAAGAAAAGUCAGAAACAUCUUGCUACCAGACGUCUAUCACUGAUUCCAUGGGAGACGGAUGGGCUUGUUGUUAAGAUGCUGGACUGGCAAUCAGGAGAUUUGAGUGCUAAUUCUUUCUGUGCUACAGAGUCUCAGGCCAGGUCUACACUGAAAGUUAGGUUGAUCCAGCUACAUCGCUAGGCGGUGUGAAAAAUGCAGACCCCGGAGUAAUGUAGUUAAGCUGACAGAAGUCCUGGUAUAGACAGCAUUAGGUUGACGGAAGGAUUCUUGUCUCGACAGCUGUGCUACGGUAGCAAUGUAAGUGUAGACAUAGCCUAAAUGUGACCUUGGGCAGGUCACUUAAUUUCUCUGUGCCUCAGUUUACCCAUUGCAAAAUGUGGAGAAGAAUCCUUCCUUCAUGUUGUUUAUUUAGCCUGUAAACUGUUAGAGACAGAGACUGUCUCUUGCUAAUUUUGUACAGUACCCCACACACGGGGGCCCAUGAUCUUGGCUGGGGCCUCUAUGAGCUUCUGUAAUAAAGAUGAUGAUAAUUACAUUAAAAAAACCCUUCAUUAAAUCUUCCUUGCCUCACAGGGCUGAGGAUCAAUCCAUUAAAGACCCACAAUAAAGGAAACAAAAUUCAUGCAGGAAAUUUAAAAUUCGGAAAGAUUCUUUUUGUCAAU